GUGCGAGGGAGUAAGGAGGAGCGCCCUAUCUACCCAGCUCUUCUCGGCUUCCCGGAGUUACUCGGAUCCCACCUUGAAGAGGAUGGAGGUGACUGGGGAUGCCGGUGCUGCGGACCCCGGCGAGAUCCGGCCUCUAAAGCCUUGUCUAGUGCGCCGCAACCACAGCCGCGAACAACACGGCGUGGCAGCCUCUUCCCUCGAAGAGCUGAGGAACAAGGCCUGUGACAUUCUGACCAUUGACAAGUCCCUGACACCAGUCACCCUGGUCCUAGCAGAGGAUGGCACCAUAGUUGAUGAUGAUGACUACUUCCUGUGUCUCCCUUCCAACACUAAGUUUGUGGCCUUGACAAGUAAUGAGCAGUGGAGAUACAGCAAUUCAGAUGGAGGCACAGCUUGGAUCUCCCAAGAGUCCUUUGAAGUAGAUGAAACAGACAGCGGGGAAGGGGUGAAGUGGAAGAAUGUGGCCAGGCAGCUGAAAGAGGAUCUGUCCAGCAUCAUCCUGCUGUCAGAGGAGGAGCUCCAGGUGCUCAUCGACGUGCCAUCCUCAGACCUGGCCCGGGAGCUGUGCCAGAGCUGUGCCGCCGUCCAGGGGCUCCAGAACACGCUGCAGCGGAUGCUCGACCAGCGGGAGGAGGCGCGGCAGUCCAGGCAGCUCCUGGAGCUCUACCUGCGGGCUCUGGACAAGGAGGGCGGCGUUCUGUUGAGGCGGGAAGAAUCCGAGGCUGCCCUUGGGGAAGAGGUGGAUGUGGUGGACACAGGCACCGACAGAGAGAGCGCCUCCAGCAUCACACUUAAGAGCCAGGUCCUCUCAGCACUGCAGAAGCCCGCUCCUGAGCUGAGCUUGUCUAGUCGGGAUCUGGAGUUGGUCACCAAGGAGGACCCCCAAGCCCUGGCCGCUGCUCUGAACUGGGACAUAAGGAAGACGGAAGCGGCUCAGCAGGCCUGCGCCCAGGAGCUGGCCGGGCGCCUGCAGCAGACCCAGAGCUUGCGUUCGCUCAGGACUCUGUCAGCCAGGAGGAACUCCCUGCCCAGAGGAGCUAAACGAGCCAAGCGGGACCCCACCUAGCGGCGGCCAGAAGACACAGGGAGGGAGACCCAUGGCCAGCCCAGUUUCUGCUGCCUGGAAACACCCUCAGCCCGUUACACCUUCCUCCCUGCAGGCUGCUCUGCCCCUGCCUCCAGCUUGUUCCUUUGGCGCCAGCUGGAAGCCUGGCUUAUACCCACUCCAGAAAGGCUACUCCAGAGCUCUGCACACCCCCAUCCUCCUGUGUUUGAUUUGUUGUUGUUUUGUUUUGUUUUUUGAGCUGGGGUCUUGUUGUAUAGUCCAGGGUAGGCUGGAACUCACAGCGAUCCUCCUGCCUCAAUUACAGGCAUGUGCCAUCACACCUCACUUUGUCUGCUUACUUUGAAUGAUGUAAGUGCACCAACUCUAUGGACAGUUCUUUUUGGUUGUUUUUUUGAGACAAGGCCUCACCAUGUAGUCCCAGGCGGGCCUCGAACCUGCAGCAGUCUUCCUGCCUCAGCCUCCUGAGUGCUGGGACUACAGGUGUGUACCACGACACCUGGCUCCAUGUACCGU